CUGUUGGUAACUUCUGCCAGACAAAACCAGUAGUUAUUCAUUUGAAUUUGUCUGAAGAUGACAUGCAGAGGAUCCGUUGUCAUGUCAAUGAGCUCUCACAAAUCAGGAUGGAUUCAGACUUCCGGACAGUGUUCAUGUUCCAGGAAGUGCCAUGUUCUCGCUUCAGCAGUGAGUUCAAUGAGCGAAAGCCCAGGAUGCUGGAGUUCCUAGAUGUCCUAGAGGAGUGUGCUGUUCAGCUCGACAGGAUGAGUAAAGGAGCAAAGAUUGCCAGAGUGGCCAGCAGCACAGUGGGGGCUGUUGGAAGUGUGCUUUCUAUUGUUGGUUUAGCGUUAAUUCCUGUAACAGCAGGAGCAUCUCUAGCUCUGACUAUGACAGGGUUAGGACUGGGAAUUGCCCAUGGUCUCAACAGCGCUGUCAUUAUGGCCACAAAGAUUGGAGUAAAACGUAAACAACAAAAGAAAGCUGAAGAAGUCUUCAAGAGCUUCAUGAAGGAUGUUCAGAGUCUUCAGGAUUGUCUGAAGGAGGUGACCAGUCAAUCAGUCAUUAACAUGGGAGCAAAUAAAUUAGAUGUGGCUCUGGGAGUAGUCAGCAUUCUCACAAAUAUUGGUUUUAUUGUAAAAAAUAUUGAAAGCAUUGUUGAAAGUGCAGCAUCAGAUGUGCCCCAGGUGGCUGCUUUAAUAGGAGAGGCAGCAGCCAAUGCUGGGUCCAUUGCAGUCAGUGCUGUUUCCCUAGCCAUCAACAUCUUGUCCAUCUGUAAAAAUGGCCGGAAUCUGGCUAAAGAUGCAAAAAGUGAAGCUGCACAGUCGAUCAGGGCCACAGCUGAACUUUGCCGCUCAGAGAUGGACUCACUGGAGAAGAUUUGCCAAUCCUUGCAUCAAGGCCUGCCAACAUCAGAAAAAAACAAAGCUAUCCUGGAUAGGCCGUUUUAUCCAGAGAAGGUGAUCAAAGAAGAAAGAGACACAGAGUCAACAGCACAUUAUGUGGAAGACACAGAACCAGCUCCAGUGGAAGAUGAACUCGAACCAGCUCCAGUGGAGGAUAAACAAAAACCAGCUCCAGUGGAAGAUGAACUCGAUCCAGCUCCAGUGGAGGAUAAACAAAAACCAGCUCCAGAGGAGGAUAAACAAAAACCAGCUCCAGAGGAGGAUAAACAAAAACCAGCUCCAGAGGAAGAUGAACUCGAACCUGCUCCAGUGGAGGAUAAACAAAAACCAGCUCCAGUGGAAGAUGAACUCGAACCAGCUCCAGAGGAGGAUAAACAAAAACCAGCUCCAGUGGAGGAUAAACAAAAACCAGCUCCAGAGGAAGAUGAACUCGAACCAGCUCCAGUGGAGGAUAAACAAAAACCAGCUCCAGUGGAAGAUGAACUAGAACCGGCUCCAGUGGAGGAUAAACAAAAACCAGCUCCAGUGGAGGAUAAACAAAAACCAGCUCCAGUGGAAGAUGAACUCGAACCAGCUCCAGUGGAGGAUAAACAAAAACCAGCUCCAGUGAUAGAUGAACUAGAACCGGCUCCAGUGGAGGAUAAAGGACAUGUGCAUCACAAAAGGUGGAUUAUGAAGUUAUGUUCUGUCUUCAUUAACCUUUUAAACCCUGCUGGACCUGGUGGUGGGCCCAUCAUUACAAGCUACAGAUUGUAAUUUUUUGGAGACGCAGCCACAACUCUUUUCAACAAAUACUGCUUUAGAAAUCCAGGUUAUCAACAUGUUUGCUAAAAAUGUACUGCUGACUUAAAUGCAUGGGUGAUGGGAGGUGGAUGUGUGUGUUGAUAGGAAGUGGAACAUGCAUGCAAACCUAAAUAUUCCAAAAUGUUGAAUGACACAUUUCUUGAGUUUCUAUGAGAUGCAAAACUAAAAAACUUGUUUGAUGCUUCAUCAUUUUUGUCUAAACUGAACAUAUGA